AUGGAGAUAGCGGAGGCAAAGCUGAGAGAUAAAGGCCCUUGUGUACAUGCUGAAGUGAAUACAAAAGAAAAUGCCCCCAAGAUUUUGGAGAUUAGCUUGGAAAAAGAAUGGGGAAAGGGGGGAAAUGGACUUUUUCUUUUCUCUUUUAUCCAAGAUACAGAAAUUCAUCAUAAUGGAUACAGAAUCAAGACCAACGAGAACAUACCAGUCCCAUUUCCUGUUGUCCAUGAUACGGUAUGAUGAAUUUCUUUGGACUCUGGUAUAUACAUGUUUUAAAACAAAGUGUUAAAACAACAACAACAACAACUUUUAAAGUGUCAGCAUAGCACAUGGUUCAGGUGUCUUUAAGAUCACACACAAUAUUACAUUGCUUUAUAUUGCUAAAUCUAAACUGAAUUAUCUUAGCUAUAUUUAAAAUAAUGAAACCGUGAAUUUGGUGCUCUCUUUAUUUGCUUUCAGCCAAAGGAGCACUAAGGAUUCACCAGAGAAUGUAGUUAUAUGGGAUCAUGCAGUACCUAAAAGUAAUUUUGUUAAGUGAAGAACUGAAAUUACUAUAUGCUCACAUGACUCUUGAAGUACCAGUUUCAAAUGAAUCCACAUUCAUGAUAUUAAAAAGCAAAAAUGUUGAACUGGUAGCACUCAAAAUAACGUAUUUGUAAAGCAUAUUCAAUGUAAAGAAAACUGAAAUUAUUUUCACUUUCCUUUAGGAAACAGUACCCAUUCAAAGAUGAAACUUCCUAAAUUAAAUAAUUAUGUGUGAAAAUUCUACUAUGCAUUGUUGUAGGCACACAUUUGACCUAUGCUAAAGGCCCCUUGUGCUCAAUAAAAAUACUGACUUCCUAAGGAAGAAGUUGAUGAAAAGUAAUAGUAAAUCACUGUAUGUAAAAUUUACGUCUGUUUACCCAGUGCAUGAUGUCACACAGUUCACUGACCUUGCUUGAUUGGGGUUGAGAUAAGCAGGGCAUUUUUAUUGGCAGCAACAGGAAUAGGUUCAAAAUUGGAGAAAACUAAAUAUAAAAAAAAGACUAAGAGUGAAAUCCAGAGAAAAUUAGGUGCACUUAAGUGCCACUGAAAUCCCUAAUCAAAGAGGAGAGACUUUCCUCAUCUGUAACUGAAGCCAGUGUCUGUCUUGAAAUUAAGCUGAAAUCCCACUGAUUAGGACUUGGGUACACUUAACUUUCUUUGAAUUGUGCCCUACAUGCAUAACAAAAGUAUCGCCCAUCUUGGAAAGCCUCGUAUAAGACAGCCUUAUCUCUUAAACAGAAAUAUUAAAUUAAUGAGAUUACAGUUGAAACCCCAUUAUCCAGAUGUUACAAGACAUAUACCAUCUGAUUCCAGCAGAUGGCUAUCAGAAUAUAGAAAUAUAGUUGUCAGGGGGAAUGGGAUAGCCUCUUCCAUUUCUGUAUCUAACCAAGGGCUUCAUUUGUUUCCGUAAUCAUCAUGCCUUAAAGACACAUAUAAGAUAAGGGGGGGGGACCUCUGGGCAGAAAUGCCUUUACAUCUUUGAACAGACUGAUGUGGCUUUUAUACUUGGGUAUAAUUCACAGCCUCCUUGCAUGAAAUGCAAAAGAGACAGUUUCAGCCCCUCCUUUGUUCCCUAAAUUCCUGCAAAAAGUUUGAUAGUUUGAUAGUUUCAAAGUUCAGACGAGCUGUACAGUGGUACCUCGGGUUACAUACGCUUCAGGUUACAUACGCUUCAGGUUACACACUCCGCUAACCUAGAAAUAGUGCUUCAGGUUGAGAACUUUGCUUCAGGAUAAGAACAGAAAUCGGGCUCCGGCGGCGCGGCGGCAGUGGGAGGCCCCAUUAGCUAAAGUGGUGCUUCAGGUUAAGAACAGUUUCAGGUUAAGUACGGACCUCCAGAAUGAAUUAAGUACUUAACCCGAGGUACCACUGUAAAGGCAUUGCAAAGUAAGCUUAUCAGGCAUUAUCAUGAACCAUAGGAGAGAAUUCUUUAAGUAUGUCUCAAUAUCAUAUGAUAUAUUGAUUGAUUGAUAUAUGGGAGCUCCAGUGCAUUGAUAUAAGAAAGUUGCCAGCAUAACAAGGCUUACCCUCUCAGGCUGUGUUCCAAAAAAGCUUCCCAUGGAAUGAAUGAAGCCUGAUUCCACAUCAUACACAGAAGGAACCUGCUGCUACUGAGUACAUGGUUUGGGAUUGCUGCCUUGAAACAAAACAGUGGCCCAACUGCUGUGCAUUUUCCCCACAGCCAACUAAAAGCAACAUAUUUGUACAAAAACAAAAAACAAAAAUAAGCCCUCUUUUAGACUACUCUCUUUGCUUUGACAGAAAACUUCAGUUUUAAGCCAAGAUUCCAGAUUGUUUUUGUGGAAACACUUCCACUUGUCUGAAAGUGUAUAUAUAAUGGAUAUGUGGUAGCAGUAAUGUGAUGCUGAAGUAAUCUCAUGAGAAAUGGAUGACUCUCAGGGGACUCUAUACAGUGGUAGGUAGUAGAGACCAGUAAGGGUGAAUUGGUAUUCUAACAAUAUGGAGAAAGCCUUCGAUUUGUACCAUCACAAAAAUACCAGAUCUCAUUUAUAAUUCAGCAGUAAUGUGUGUGUAUUUCUCCCCCCCCCCCCCUUUUACAAAGUGUUUUGCUUUUGUAGGAAAUGGAAGUGACAGCUUUGAAGGUUCUUUCUGGCUUCAUAACUAUAGGAUCUGAAGUUGCCGUCAUAAUUUUGAAGUACCCUCAUGCCCAUAAAAUCUGAUGGGAACUGUAAGAUUCUUUUAUCUGAUAAAUGGACACAUGUGGAUCAUGCCAUCCAACUGGGGCUGAAUUUGGAGAGGCAGAUAAUUAUGACUGUGCAGUGGUACCUCUGGUUACAAACUUAAUUCGUUCCGGAGGUCCGUUCUUAACCUUAGGUACCACUUUAGCUAAUGGGGCCUCCUGCUGCCGCCACGCCACUGCCGCAUGCUUUUUGUUCUCAUCCUGGGGCAAAGUUCUUAACCUGAGGGACUACUUCUGGGUUAGUGGAGUCUGUAACCCAAAGUGUUUGUAACUGAAGUACCACUGUAGUUUGAACAACAGCGGAGAAAGUAAGCUUAGAAUAACAAGGCAGACAUGGGAUGCAUGGGAAAACACAGGAGCCCAUUCACAGGGUUGGUAUUCAGGGAUACUGAACAUGCCAUGGGAGAACAGGAUCACCCCCACUGUCCCUUCUCCUGGUUUCAUAUCCUAGUUUUAAGUGAGAUCUUUCAAGGUUUUUGGUUCACUGAAGCUGGGUGGCACAAGGGGAGAAUAGAAAGGGAGUGGUGAGGAAGGAGUAUGCAGACCUAGUGCUUUUCUUGGGGUGGUAAAACACCAUUUAUCAGACAAUUGUGUACCUGUUGUUGUUGUUUUUCCAUCCUUGCAGCUACAUGGAAGAAUGGUCAUUGAGUUGCACAUCCAAAGGAAAAAAUACUCUUUUUAAUGAAAAUUAUAUACCAAUUAAUCAAAAGAUAAAGUGGUGAAAAACAUUCUCAUUCUCAUAAAAAACAUGAAACAAAUAUAAAAGUGUUUAACUAUGAUGUAACUGUUUCAGUCCUGUGCAACAGUGCUUGUCCAAAAUAUUAAACUGAGGUUUUUCAUUGGUUCAGGAGGUAAGGCGGGGAUAAAAUGGCACAUAAAGAUUAGAAUAGUUAUCAAGAACUUGGCAAUUGUUAAAUUUCAUCAGUGGGGUGGGAUUGUCUACUCUUCUUGACAAGGCUGCUAAGUUUCCUUAUUUUCCCAUAAAAGAGAUUCAAAAGAGCUUCACACAACCGCACAACAGCCUGGCAGUGUUCCUUCUCAAUUCUGAUCAGAAUGUCUCAAUGUGAGCAACACAACAUCAUGACACAAAGUUUUUAUGGUGGAGAAAGAAAGAAGCCAUGCUCAAAAUGUAUUUGAAUACACUUACACUAAGGAACUCAUAAAAGUAGCUGAAUUCCCACCCCCAUUUUGUGGGGGGUGAAUGGCUCCAUCAGACUGAGGGGAUUGGUAAUCUUUGGUCCUACAGUAGUUUAGAAGUUCCAUUCUACAGCCAAACAAAAAACAAAGGAAAUGUUAACUUUCAGCUAUGGAAGCAAUGAGAAUUUAGGUGUUUCCUAAACCUGAACAAAAGAUCAGUUUUAGAAUUUCUCUGUAACUGGGGAAGGGUUGGCAAGGGAGGGAGGACUAACUGUAUGAAAUCCUUUCCUUUAAAAAAAGAUGCACAUUUUUAAUUUAUAUUCAUCCAAGGUUGGGAUGUGAUAAAUGCAGGGCCUUUCACAAAGUGAAUAUUAUAAUGAGGCCGUAACAUUUUACUAACAUGAAUUCAUAAGGUGACCCUGGAGAUUAACAAUAAAACACAACUCUGAAACAGAUAGAAAAGACCGCAUUUCUGUGUUUUCUCCCCAAAUAAGGCUCAGCUUGUCCAAUCCUUAUAGGGGAGGAUUUGCCUGUAAUGUCUCCAUUGCACCUAUUAAAAAUAAAAUACAAUUACAAUUCAGCUUUGAGCACCAGUAAUUCUUGCAUGCUCACUGGCCUCUUUGAGGCGAAUCAGAGUUUGUAUACAUUCCCUUCCAGCCAGAAUCUCCCCUUCUCUCCCCACUCCCUAUCUAUAAAAAGGUGAGCAGAUUAAACAAAUUAUGAACUAUGCAGGGCUUGAAUACUUUAUAAAAUGGUAGAACCAGCUUUUAGAAACCUUUUAAUGUUCCAUUUCCCAGCGGUGAAAUGCCAGGCUCCAUUCUCCUCUCUUUCAGUUGCCCUUGCCACUUCAAAAUGUGUCUGGAAACAGCUCUGCAGAUGGCCUCGUAUGUUUUACAGGAAAUAUUACUUAAACAUUGGAAAGGAUCAAAUUUCUCCUUUUAGGAAUUACAAAUCUGGAUUUCAUUUUCUCCUCCAAACCAUGGGAAAAAUGUUACUGUUUCAUAUGUCACAAAGGAAGUAUUUUUAAAAAGAAGGGGGAAAAUGAACACUUGUGUUACAAAAUACACCAGAGGACUUUGGAAAUGUUCCUCUGUUUUAAUAUAAAAUAAUAGCAAAUCAAAAUAAUCUUCUGAAACCAAUUCCCCUGUCCCCCCCUUCUUUAAUGUUAGGAGCUAGAAAAAAUAUUGUACAGGAUCUUAAUAUUUUGAUUGUUAUGUCUGCAAGUAGAAAACAGUAAUAAAGUUCUAUUUCAACUUGAUAGCCCAUUACUUAACAUUUCAAGCAUUUCCUCCAUUUGGAUCUUGAUUUUGGUGGGGGCAGGUUUACAAGACUUGUUUAGGCUGCAGGUGGGGAUGGAGGAGCUCCAUUAUCAGAGGGGAGGGGUCUGGUGUUAGUAAAACACACAAUUAAAAUAGUAGCAAGUGGUGUCAGGGUUUACUGGUAAUGACAUUAAUUGCCGGUUCAUAAGCCACAAUUUCCUCACUGCAAAGUUCCUGAAAUCAAAAUAGCCAAGUAUACAUAUUUCCAAUUUGAAACCACAUUUUUGUGUGGUUCCCCCCCCCCCUGCCUCUGAGUAGACACCUCACUAAGAAGGAGUGAAAUUACAAACAGCACCUUUUAGGAAAUUAAAAAGGGCCAUUUUCUCUAAUAUUUCACUUCAGAAUAUGACUGUUUUAAACCAAUGGAAGCAAUGGUUUCCAAUGAUUUUGAACUUUGUCCUUUGCUCCAGACAUCUUAGGUACCAUUGAGUGUUCACUGCUCAAAUCCAGUGGUCACUGCUAGAAACCCCCCACCCCAAGUCAUUACACUUUAGCUUAUAUAGAUUAAUUGCUCUGUUGUGUAAGACAACCAUGAUGAAAGUGACCAUGCACAACAGAGCUUCCUCCUCUCACCUGAAGCCUCUCACACAUCUUCAAAAGCUGCUCCAAAGUGUUUGGGGGGCCCUCUGUAGCAGAUUUAGGGGGCAGGUGGGGAAAGGGCGGGCAGAUCCAAAAAAGCUCAAGAACUUUGGCUGCUCACCCCCCUGACAAAAAUCCUGGCUAUGCCCAUACUGCUGGGUGAGCAAAAUUCCACUCACACAGUGUCUGAUACAACUCAUGGACUCACAAUAUGAUAAAUAGGAAGCAAAUCGAAGGUAAGGAAGCCAAGGAAAAGUCAUAAGAUGGUCACUUCUUGGGCAAAAGUUUCUUCGUGCCUCAGUUUUCCAAGAUCUGGGAAUCAAAUUAUAUCUAGUGUGAUAUAAGAAGUCCAUCCUAAUUCCUAGAAUCACUAUAUUAUUAUUUUAAACUAAUCGUGAAUGUAUGUGCUUGCCUUCAAUUCAAUGUCCCAGUACCAUCCACAUACAAUCCCCUCCCUUAAUAGACUCAGAUUUGUUCUAGAGUUCCCACUGAAUUUCCCCUGUGGCAAAAUUCAAGGCAUACUUGGAAUGCUUGGAGGAUCCUAUUCAAGCAUAAUAAUUUCAAUAGGAUUAGGAAUAUAUCUCAAGGGAAGUGGCUCACACGUUUUUAGUUGCCCCCAAAUUUACUUUAUGUUUCCUAACUGUACCUGUUUGCCAAGAUUCACAGGCAUAGAUGGUCUGGGCCUAGCAAUCUAAAGGACUUUAGGAAGGGAUUCUGAUGAAACUUGACCUUGCUUUAAGGGCAUCCUGGUAGUAUUGAAUCCUCCUAAAAUGAAGACAAGGGAUGCGGGUGGCACUGUGGUCUAAACCACAGAGCCUACGGCUUGCUGAUCAGAAGGCUGGCGGUUCGAAUCCCCACAACGAGUGAGCUCCCGUUGCUCGGUCCCUGUUCCUGCCAACCUAGCAGUUCAAAAGCAUGUCAAAAGCUGUACGCUGGCUCCCUCGGCCAGUAAAGUGAAAUGAGCGCUGCGAUCCCAGAGUCGUCCGCGACUGGACCUAACAGUCAGGAGUCCCUUUACCUUUAAAAUGAAGACUAUCCUUCAUAAUCUCUCAGAAUUCUGAACACUGAGGAAAGGCCAUGUCUUGCACUCACUGGGAAGGGGUAAUGACAAAAUUACAAGUCACUGGAGAUGACUGUUUGGCCGUUCACUUCAUGAGCCUUAAGCCCCCCUGCAUUUCAUUUUGCACCUGGUACCAUGGAAGCAGGUUAGUGCACCAGAAAGGUAAUGAGGUGCAAAGAUGUGGCUACAGUUAAAAUCUGUAUCUGAUAACAUGCAGCAAGAGAACAAAGUCCUAUCUUUCCAUUUCCCACUAAACUAGAUCAAUUGCCUCAGACUAUGGACCUCUGGAAAGGUGCCCACAACAAUUUAGCAAUCUCCCCCCUCCCUCCCAACCUAUUGCUUUGCAGUAAGGUGGUAUGUUUCUCUCUCUCUUCCUCCCCGCUCCCCCAAGAAAGUAUUAUUAAGGUUGCCAAUAAAAUUCGGGAACUGGUUAUUUGUGCGAAACACAAAUCUGCCAAAUAAUUUGGCACUACUUUCUUUCCUUGGCAGCCUCCCCCGAAGAGACACCCAUCCUUGAAAAUGGGGUUGUUAAGGGCAGCGUCUGAGUACACUGGAAUUUGGCAGACUGGUCAGAACCUGAAGCUUUUACAGUGGCGACACGGACUAUAUCUGGUGCCAUGCAGUAUAUCUGGCUGAUUCUUGGACACAUCAGAUUGCCGUUUUUCUUUCCCAUACGAAGGAAUAAAGGAUUCAAUGUCAGUGAAACAAGGAUGGUCUUUCACCUUUAACUUUGAAUUUUCUUGCCUUUGUACCUGUCAUAACCUUAACAUAGGGGUUUUUUUGUACUUAGUUGUAAAUCUAAUGACUGCUGAUGAAGCAAGAAUAAAAAUUAUAGUGCAAUCAAGAGGUAUGUGAAAGAAAAUGGAUUUUACAAGUGCAUACUUUUAAGCAAAGGAGCCAGUCUGAAACAUAAAUAAAAGGAGCCCAGGGGACUACACCUCUGACAUUAAACAAUCUUGUCAUGAGGACCCAUUACAGCAGAAAUUUAGGAGCAGUUAAAAGAGAAUUUGUAUAGCAUGGUAGUGCUCUUUGAACAUCUCCCCAUUCAUUUCAAUGGAACUCACAGGGGGAAAUGUCCUCCAGAACAGUGGCAAUUAGCUGCAAAGGAGCUAAUUCUUGAAGGAGUCUUGCAACAGUUUAAACUGAAGGUGGAAAGGGGUGACUUGGGGCAGCAAUGUCCAAAGUAAGAGCAAAUGAAAAUUUGAUUCUAUGAAAAAUGAAAGCAAAGGCAGUUUGGCAGGAAUUAUAACAGAUAUUAUUUUUGUGCUUUUGUAUAAAUAGCCCAUGAAUUCCCAGUAUUUCUCUGCUGUGGUCUCUGAUAUAAAGGGCCUCCUUUUCUUUGCACAUGCACUCGUGAGAAGCAGCUUUUUGCCCACCUCUGGUGAAUUUUUGGAUGAGCUGAAUUUUGGAAUUCAAAUGGUAUGAUGUCAUUAGAUCUUUCAAAGGUUAUGAUUUCAUUGGUUUGGUCUAGACUGUUGACUUUAGCCUUAAUAAUUGGAGGUACAAGGGGGGGAGAGUUCUCACAGUAUCAUAAAGUGAGAAGAAUAAUUCUGGUAAAUACUUGAUUGUCUGGCAUCAUUUUGGGUUGUGGAGUAUAGCACUUGAGUAAGAGAGUCUGACAUUGUUACCAGUGGGUUCUUCUCCCACUGAAAGAGAAUGGAGAGAAAGCUCUCUCCUAAUUGUAGAGAAAUACAAAAAAUGUUAUUUUAAAGUGUGUAUAUCCAAACUGCUUGAGGGUUUUCUGCUUUUAAAUUGCAGACUGUAUUUCCACAGACUCCUUUCUUUCUGGUGUGAUUUCUAUAUGGAAAGGAGUUUCUUAAUCACUUUAUACCAGCUGUGUGUGUGUGUGUGUGUGUGUGUGUAAGAAAGAGGGGGUGGUGAUUCGAGAAUUGGUCGUUGUGUUGGAAACCAUAUAUAAAAACAAAUAAUUCAGCAGGAAUAAAAUUAUUUAUCGGAAAGGAAGAAAAAUUAAAACUGUUUAUCAAUUCAAAAGUAUUUUGCCAUUUACACACAAAAAACCUCUAAUUUCAUAAUUGUACAUUCCUUCUGAGCUUUAAUAUUCAGAAUGUGUGUGUGUGUGUGUGUGUGUGUGUACGUGUUUUAAUCUGUCUCAUUAUUUCGAAUAGCACACAAUUUUGGAAGAGGCUCUAAUAAUGAUUAUUAGUUGCUUUGUCGCGCAGGUAUUAACAUGAGGUCAGGAUUAGCGGGCCUUUAAAUUUAAAAGAGAGAGCACGCAUUUGCAGUUUCAAACAACAAAAACCUCAUCAAAAAUGCCAGCAGCACUGAAGAAGAAGAAAAAUGCCCAUUCUCUCCCCCUCCAUGCCCUGCUCGUCCCUUCGGCUGGCAGAAGCAUAAUGCUAAGAUUGGCUAAAAGACAGUUCCACAUGAUCUAAGCCAUUGUUGAAAUGUACCAUUAUACCUUGGCAAAGCUGUGUUAGCUGGCAUGCUUCUACAAGGGACUCAUUGCCUCUUUGCUCCUUUCCACUUGUACCGCUCCCCUAAAUCCGGGCAGGGGGAAACAAGGUGGGUGCGUUCCAUCCAGCAAUUUCUUUUCUUUCUUACAAAAGGAACAUUUAAGCAGAAACACAUACAUCAUGCCACAGCCAUGCUUUGAAUUCUUCUCUCUCGCUCUUCCUUUUUUUGUCUAGCAGGAGAAAAACCUAUAUUGUAAAAGAACGCCAGCGUCUAUGAAGUUCCCCUCCUGCUAACAGCUAUCUGCCUGGCACAGGCCUGCUCGAUCUCAGCUGGGACUUUGCUAAGGAUCUCGCUUUCAUGGGCAAACAUAGCUUCACCUGCCCUCCAAAUCCCUCUUCCCUCCUCCUUUCCCAGCCCUCCCAGCUGAGCUAUGUUAAUCAGGUGGGGGACACAAGGUAACAUUGAAGUAAUUCAGCCAAUUAGGCCCUGAAUUGUUUGCAUCCAACAGCAUUUUGUAUUUCUGCAAAUGUGUGAAAUGCAAAAUGUGCCCUGCAGCAAAAACGACAGCAGCCAUGUACUGGCGGCAUGUCAACAGAUCCUCAGAAUGGCUGACGGCUGAUACUGAUGCAUACAUAUGUUUGGGAGAGUGUGGACUUUUUAAUGUCUGCGCUUCUCUACAGAGAGAAGUCAGAGCUGGGGGUCUUGGUGGCAGAUGGGCAAGGGUAACAGGGAUUGGCUAAUCCCAAAUCUGCAUUCUCUUCUUCACGUAGCAACUGGGGAAAGAUGGAGCCAGCUGUCAAAUGGAAGACUUUCAUGGUCCCCUGCACACAACAGCUGCACAGGCCCUGCCUGCUUGGUUCUAAAUUAUUAAACAUCUUUUUAGUUUGUUCCAGCUGCAGGCAUCAGUGUGUUUAUGCAGCCUUUGUGCAUUUUACAUAUGAUUCCUUCUCCCCUCCUCUCAUCAAAAUGCUGUUUGUAAAAGUCAUUAUCCCAUCUGUGCCCCAGUUUGGCCAAACAGCCGAAGACAAAUCCGAAGCUAUUCUCCAUCCAGGACAAUUUGGGAACUGAAGAUGAUUGCACUGACUUGAGACUUCGGGGCUUUGGUACUUUUCCCUUGCUUUCGCUCUUCCACCUGUAAGCGGUGGUGUCAUCUCGGCAGCUUAAGGGUACAGACAUGUAAUAAGGAUCUUUGCAAGUAAGAUUUUUAUCCUUGGCAACGCAGCUUUAGGAAAAAGGGGUGGAGGGAAUCACCCAACGCCUAUCUGUCUGGAAGGAUUUUCUUUUCUUUUUUUCCCCUCAGCUCUUCCAUCGGGGAGGGGUUGUGGAGAGACCUGCUUUAAAUAAUCUCUCCCUGCCAGCAAGCUUCCCUGAAGAUUUCAACAACAAUAAUACUGUUAUUAUUUUCAGUCAACAUGAAUAUUCACGGGCUACGUAUAAACCUCGCCUGCUUAAAUGGGAUCGUUCUGUGAGGAAGCCAGUGACUCCUAACUCCUGGACUACAGCUAAAAUAUGUUGGUGAGGUAAUAAUGUAAUAAACACGCCACUGGCAGUACAAAAACAUGACCUGAUGUAUUAAUUAUAUUGCAGAACAAAACAAAAAAAAUGUAAUGUUUGAAAUGACGGCUUCCUGCAGGAUAUUCUGUUUCCAGCAGGAUUCCAGUGAAAAACGGGCCUUAUUCCCACUUGCAAAUAUACCAAGCCUUCUGAGCUCAAAUGCUUUCCAUGAGUGCUGUUAUUAACCCUUUUUCUUUAUCAGAGACGGGCUUGUUUAAAAACCUGUGUAGUCGCACUGAAUGGUUUAAUGUCUGCUGCGUUUGGCAUGAUAUUUUUCCCACCACCACCUAUGAAUCUUCCCUUCUCUGCUGGCUGCUCCCCAGGACUUUUCUUUGGCUAGAAAGGAAGUGUAAGUCAUUGGUUGCAUGGCAGAACUCAUGCCAAUACUUGGCUGGGUGGCUUGGCUAGCUAGACUGGAGUUCUAAUGCCCAAGAAUUAAAACGACUCCCCUCUGUAAAUAAGGCUAGGGCUGCAUCGACAGUCAAUUGGAGCCAUGUCUAUCCAAAAUUGUGCUCCAGAUAACCUGGUGUUUUGCGGGGGCUUUUAAAAAAAAUAAUCACACCUUCUUGUGCAUUUGAUUCAGAAACAAGUGACUGCCAGAAACCAAAGAAAUAAACAAAAUAUUUAUUGUGGCUGCCAAAAAUUAUCAGAUUAGGCUGGGGAGUAAGCCCCAUGGAACUCAGUAGGACUUCCUUCUUCUUAGAGAACAUGCAUAGGACUGCAAUAUAAAUUGAUGGGAGAACAAAAUCACACCCCAAAAAUACUGUAGAGCUUGGGUUUUGGAUUUCUCAAAACAGUCAUUUACCUGCAUCAGCAAAGCCAUCAAAGUGAGCUAGGAGAUCAUAGAUCUCUCAGCUGCAUCAAGUUCUUCAGUCUUUGACUUUCUCAAAUACACACUGGAAAUCCUGUAGUCUGCUGCUAUUGAGAUCUGUGUGAAACCAAUUUAUACAUGACAUUGGUCACAGGAAUUGACAAUACCUACAAAUGCGGGGGCGGGAGGGGAUAGCCACAAGUUUCUUAGCGCUCAGUUUGUCCAAAGCCACUGGCCCAUUUGACCUGAGCAGUGAGAGUUCCACAAUUUCUGUGGCCUACAAUAUUACAUAAAGGAAUACUGUGGAAGCGAUCAGCACAAUCCAGUGAAGGUCAUUUGGCUUCUUCUCACUUAGUGCUUUAGGCUUCUUGAAACAUGGGAAACUGUCUUAUUCAAGGCAAACUACUGGCUCAUCUAGCACGUAUUGUCCACACCGCCUGCAUUGGCACUCCAAUGUUUCAGGCAGCAGCCUAGUUGUAGCUGGAGAGCCCAGGGAUUAAACCUUGGAGUUUUUCCAUGAAAAAGUGUGUGCUCUACCUUUGAGUUAUGGACCUUCCCAUCUAGCAUACUGAAAAGCAACAAGGACUGAGCUGUGACUCCAUUAAGAAAAAACCCUUCUGGCUUAUCCCUCACUUUCUGCAUUUCAAUUAAAGCCCAUUUUCCUGGAUGGAGAGGUGUGGGCAUCCAGGAAGGCUUCAGAGUGCUGGAGAAAUGUUCAACGGGAUGAAAAACAAACACACACCUCCCUUGGCCACCUUGCAACAAUAAGGUAAGCUUAGCUUGGCACCCACAGAAAUUCUAAAGAAAUUCUAAUGUGCCCUGGAAAUGUGGCAGCAAAACAGAUGCCUUUCUCACAUGGGAAGAAAACUUUUGAGAAAUGGGAGGACAAGUUGUGGCACAGCCCUAUUACAGGCUGCUAAUAGCCUAGGAAGCACAAACUAAGAAACCUUGCUCCAGAAGUCAGUUUUAAUGCAGAAGCACUCAUGCGAAUAUUUCCUUUUUCUGUAUUUUAAGUGCUCCCUUUUAGGUUUUGUGUUUGAGGUCCCAUGGAGAACCAGCAAAAAAUUGCUUUGUGAUCCCAUUUCACAUGAAAAGCAUACUAGCUUCAGAGCAAUUUCACAUUGAACCACAAUAAAUCCACACAGGUCCUCUUGAAAACAGAGGUAGAAAAGGCAGAGGAAUUCUUAAUGGUUCUUUGUCGUCCAAAGAAGGUAGACACCUAGGCCAUGAUUUUGCUUCCCCACAACUGGGAAGACAUGGCACAGAAGUUUUCCCUGAAGCAGUGAGCCACAACCCUAUUCCAUGUUUUGGUACUGGUGUGCCUCAGACCUUCAGCUCAUCUGUUGUGGCAAAUUCCUCACUAAGUACUUGUAGAUAUUUCACAUGCUUCUGCAGUGAAGAGCCAGUACAGAAGCCUUGGGAAUAAUGAGUUACUGAAAAUGGCAUGAGAAAGCCCUGCUGGACUGGAACAGUGGCCUAUUUCCCACAAUGGGAAAUCAGAUGCCUAUGGAAAGUCUCUCACUGUUGUUCCUCAGCAAAGGUAUUCUAUCUCAUUCUUGAACUAGUAUAGGACCAUCAUGACCAGUAUCAUCCUCUAUGCAUUUGUCUAUAAGAAAUGACAUUUCCCCCUCAGUAGGAAUGGGGAGCUUAUGGAAUCUAACCGUCAUCAGCACAAGUCAGCCUGGACAAAGGUAAUGGAUAAUAGGAGUUGUAGUCCAUCAACAUCUGGAGGACUACAGGUUUCCCAUCCAUUGGUGUGUCACUAGUUCCUUAAACUGACACAAAAUAUUAGGAUAAAUAAAUAAGCAUGUGAUUAUUAACAUUUCAUCUCUGCAUUCCGUACACAUGGUUCAACUGCUUUUUCUUUACCACUGAGACAUGACAGAAGGAAUGGUCCAAAGGCAAAAGUGGAUUCAGAUUGAAUAUUAAAAGGACAAAUUGCCUAAAUUUCAGAUAGCCUGGGUUGCCUAGCAAAGCUGUGAAAUGCUCUUCACUGAAAGUGUUCAUUGGCUGACUAAACAAUUUGCAAGAUUGCUUGGGGGACUUUGUGUCAUCUGUGCUAUGUGGGGUGGACUAGGUGGCCUUCAAUAAACCUACCAUAAUAUUCUAUGAACCUUUUAUUGAUAUUUUGCAGUUUAGAAUUUCUAAUAAAACCUAUAUCAAUGCUCUUAACAAAAAAAUCAAUCUUGAAACCAAGAGAGAGUUUUGCUAUAAAUGAGAAAUCAGAAAUUAUUCCGAGGCAGUCCUGCCUAUGAUGGAUUUUUAUUUUUGCACACACAAAACUAUAAUUUUCUUAAACAAAUAAACACUCCUUGAGAGAAAUAGAAAUAAUAGCUUUGGGUAAAUGUCUGCUUAUUGUUUCUAGUGCUUUAUGCACAAGGAUUCUGCAGGCAUCCUGAGCAGUUUGUGUGUAAUAUUCUGAUUGGCUUAAAAAAAAAAAAUCACUUACAUAGCAGUGCUAAAUUCUUAAAAUGCCCUAAUGGCACGCUAAGCAUUUCCUAAACUUCCCUUACUUUAACUGCAGAUGGUAAAAGGUUUCCUUUAUUGUCCAGCCCCAGAGGAUGGUGGGAAACCAACAUUUCCAUGAAUGUAAAUUCUAGCCUCUGCUAAUUUUGAUGACAGUGACUUCUCUUCUUUAUGAGGUGCAUAAUGAGCUGGACCACAGUCUAGCCAAAAGCCAUGACAAGCUCCAAGCAUGCCCUGGUGGCCUCCCCUGCUUUCUGUACCCAAGGUUUAAAUGCAGACUGCCUCCAGUCAGAGCACAUGAAGAACCACACUCUGGAAUAGACAAAUGGCUCUUUUGUUUUACAUUCUUUUUUUUAAUUAGCCCCCUUUUUUAAUGACCUAACUUAAUAUGUGUCAAAAGGUGCAAAGCACAGCAUGACUUCAGUUUUAAAAGGGAGCGUUUGCCUUUAAUCUCGCAAGUAAAGCAAGUACCCUCUUUAACUAUCAGCAGCAGCAAUUACAUUGUGCUUUAUACAUUGUGGGUUUCGUGCCACCUCAUCAGCUGAUUAAAUGGUCAGGAAUUUAGACACACACACACACACACACACCUGUUUUGUGGUGUGUUUAGAGCCAACAUACUAUGCUCUAUAUUCUUACAUUUGAUGGCGUGUUCAACACUAUUGUCAGCACAAGGAUGCAAUCCUGAGCAUGGUUACCAGGAAAUAAUUCCCUUUGAAUUAAGUAGCACUUGGUCAGGUACUUUUUAAUUUUAACUGAUUACAUUUAUAACUCGCCCUUCCUCCCAGGAGUUCAAGGUGCCUUAUAUAGUUCUCCCAACCCAUCUGAUGCUCACAACGACCCUGUAAGGUAGUUGAAGCUGAGAAACAGUUACUCAAUGAGUUUAAACUUGAUCAACACUCAGUUAUCGCCUGAUACUCUAGCCUUUAUCAAUGAUUUUGAUUUUGAAUUUGUCUACAUGUUGUCACAUGAAAAGUUAGGAACAGCAUGGCAACAAUGUGUGGUUUUUUGUUGUUGUUUGUAACCAGCAGAUAAUUUGCAACUGAAAUUACACAUGGAGACUGCUGGCCGCUAUAUUGAAAGAUAAUGUCCACACACGGAGUAUUGCAGUGCAUUGCUGUGCCCAUGAGGAAGAUGUGUGCAGAGUAUACAAAUGGAUAAAAGACUCUAGGCUACAUAUUUAUCUUAUGCAUGUCAUUGGCCCCCUUGGAACCAUAUUAGAAAAUAAUAAUGGAUCGUGGGAAGGGCAGAUGGAUGUCUAUAUGUACAGUGACUAUGAUUAUCUGCUGCAUAAUAAUGGUUAGAAGCCCUACCUGACAUUCUGUGUUUGGACAAACAAUCCAGCAGGGAUUUGUGUAGUUGGAGGGCUUUGAGAGCCACACCGGCAACCUGAGACCAAAGUGAGUUUAUGCAAAGGCUGGGGAUUCUUUUCAGGUUUUGUAAAACAAAUGCAUUUCUGUGAUGCUGAUCAUGGCCACCUGCUAUGCAGGGUGUUAAAUAGGCUAUCUCAUUUCCAUAUGUGCAUAUGUAACUUAAGUCCUGAGUUCUUCUAGGCUGUCCUUGAAAGGGCUGCCAAGCAAUUGAAAGGCAUAUAUUCUAUCACAAUAAGCUUAUUUCCGCAAAAUCAUCAUUCCCUGCCCCAGGAGCAAGACCAUCAGGGAAAAAGAAAUAUGUGCAGAGCUGUAUUAAAUUCCAGAAAGCCCCUUAUAUUUACCAGAAUAUAACUAAGCAUCUUAUAUUAUAUUUAUAUGCAUGUUUAUGAUACUGGAAAGCUCUCCCUAUUUUAUAUUUGGUUUGCUUUGAAAUUACGGCAUAAAGGCUCAUAACCUUGGCCCGAAUGAGGCAAUGUGUAUGAGCUUCUCCACAUGUCUCUUCCCAAAGUAGCAGCUCAGCAUCCUGAACCUGCAAUGCCCCAGCUAUUUGAGUUCUGGGCUUCUCUUUAGAAGGCGCUGCCAAUCCUGCCGAAUUGUGCCAAAUUAUGUGUUGAUUUUGUAAUGCAGACUAAUUUCCACCAGAGAGUAGGAUGAGGCUCCCAAAAUAGUUUUCACUUUUGACUAGGAAACGUAUCAGCUGGGAACUGAAAUCCUGCAGCCAAGAACAAAAAACAAAACAAAAAGCAGCCCAACGAAACCCGACCACCAAACAUUGGAGACGUUCCCGUCUGAAUUCAGAAACAAACCCUGUGACUCACCUCCCAUCUCGCCUUGUAACUAAUGGCAGGCCUUAGAUCCAGAGGUGAAAAGCCAGCAGACUAAUUCAUUGAGUCACAGGGCCUCUUUAAAAUAUUGAUUGGUUCCUGCAGUUAAGCAAGAGAAAAUUGUCGAAAUACUGGAUUUCAUCUCUACGGGAGCCUUUCCCUCAUACAGUAACAAACACAGACACUUCUCAAUAGGAUCAAGGCUCUGGGCGUGAAUGCACACACACACACAUGUCUGUGUAGUACUAAUAAAAUAACAAAGUAGGCUUACUUCUGAACAUUACUCUGCAUGCCCGGAAACAACAAUAGGCCGCCAUACCACAAACAAAAGGACGAUGACAUUUCAGAACACAAAGUAGAAAAUAUGAAGCAAGGUUGUUGAAUGAAAAACCCGGAAAUUAAUGAAGAGAAUUUGCUCAGCUCUGGAAAGACCUCCUUGAGAUAACCAAGGAGAAAUAGUUUUAGAAGGCUGUUGGGAAAUCAGAAGGGAUUUGGAUGAUACCUGCCCACCUUUCUUUGUUCACAGCAAUUGUUUAUAUCCUUUCAGGAUACAAAUUCUUCCAAGGUAGCUCAGAAGCAACAUAUAGUGACAUGGUUGGUCAUGACAUAGUCACUGGAUGCUUCCCACAGGGCAGCUGGGGGUAGAAGUAGCUAUUUAGUGAACCAUCAUUCUGAUUGGUUUGAGGAGAGACUAGCUGACAUGGUGUCACUUCAAGCAAAUGUUAUAACACACUUUCCAGUGCAUUUUCCCAUCUCUGUGUUAUUGCAUACAUUCCAACAUGUAUGUUGGAAUUGGAACACACAACCUCCCAUCCAUACUCCUAUGGGAGUCACACGACCUGUUUGACAUCGCAGCACAAAAUCGUGUGAUAUUACAGCACCCAAAUGGCCACCAUGCUCUCACAGGGGGAAAAAAUGGGAUGUCCCAGUUUUUCAAGGAAACUUGGAAGGUAUGACUCUGGUGUAAAUUCCACCAACUUAAGUUCUGCCAGCUAAGCCAAGAUGAAACAAUUACAUUGUACAGUACAAGAUCUGCCUUUCUAAGAUUGCUCAUCCCCCCAAAUCUUGAAUUUGGACCGCACUGUAAGUAACUGCUCAAGAAUCUGGAAUUAAACUUUCAGAUCCUCUUUCUUGCAAAUAUGAGAUAUUGCAUGAAUGCAGUAAACAAGGGACUGAUACGAUUAAAGAAAAAGUUACGAAUUCCUUUUCCCCUGGGGAAAUUUUAAAGAAAAGACUGGACAGCCAUUUGCUGAAUGGAGAUCCUCUACAGCCCAGGAGACAGAAUGCUGGAUUUGCCUCUGGAAGAUCUAGGGUUUUCUUUUUUAAAAAACAACCGACCUCACUGUGUGGGUAUAUCACUAUUCAAAAGUUCUACAUUCUGAUAGUAGGGGUUAUAGCUGUAGCUCAGUUGCCAAGCACAUGCUCUGCGUAUAUAAGGUCAGCCAGGUUCAAGUCCAUGACAUCUCCAAUUAGAGCAUCUCUCAGGUAGCAGAGCUAGGAAAGACAUCUGUCUGAGACUGCAGAGCUGCUGUCAGUCAUGGCAGAGAAAGUACUGAGUUAGACAGGCCUUUCAUCUGAUUCAGGUAUGUGUGGUGUGUGUCUAUACACGCACACACAGUUUUAGAUAUAUGGCAUUCUAGUCAGGGCAGGUAUAUAAGGUCCUUUCCAUAAUUUUUUUUUGGGGGGGUGGUCACUUUUUACAGUUACAUAUUUUAGGAGCCCAUCAGAUCUGCAUGAUGUUCAGCUUCAAAAUAUAUUUAAAAAUAAACUAUGGCAUGUAAAUGAGCAGUUUGUGUGUUUUUAAAAUCACUUCCCCCCCUCUCUAAAACCAAAUAUUCCAAACUUUAGUGGGCCUGAGUCAUUAAGCAGAGAAGUAUACUACAAUAAUAAAAUUAUCAAGCAAGCUUUUGACAAGCAGUCAUGUGCUUGUAAAUGAAAUUUAUUUAGGUGCCACUCAAAACAUUGUAAUUAAGAGGUACAGAAUGUAUUACCAGAUGGUUCCUGUUCAGUAUCUAUUUCCUUUGGAGAACAAGGUGAUUAGGAGUAAGCACUAACUUGUAAUUGAGCACUAAAAUACCCUAAGGGCCUGAUCCAGCUCCCAUUUUAAGCUACCAUGGCAAGUGACCUAAAUAAGAAAAAGUAUUUCCUUUCAAACUACAGGAAACAUUUGGAUAAAUGGGAAUGCUGUUUAUACUGUAUGUGCUGUAUUUAUACCUUGCAUUUUGCUUCUGUCAACUAUCAACUUUGGAUUUCCAGCAGAAAAAUAAAAAAAAAUCGAGAUGACUUCACUUCCACCUCUUUUGUAUGAACCACAUGAAACAAAAUAGUUGGCUUCCCCAAAAACAACAGUGAUGGCAUAAAUAAUGUUUUGGAUGUUUAAGACAUUUAGGGCAGGAACAACCUGCAUCAGAGGAGUAAGUUGCAAAUGCACUGUAACGGAAGCCUGCUUAAAAUUAAGAAGAUUGCUGAGCAUUCUUGAAAGUAACUUCUGGUGAAAAGUAAGUUUAGGAACAUCGAGUAUGGAAUGGCUCAUUCUGUGACGGUGAUGUUCUAAAUCGGGAUAGAACAGAUCUGGGGUUCAAAUGUGGCCUUCCACAGCUCUCUAUCCUGUCCCUUGUGUUUCUCCCCAUCCAUCGCCAUCCCUGCUCCACUCUCUCCUGAAGUGUCACUGAGAAUGUGAGAAUGUCUCUUGCUCUAACCUGAGUGGGGCUUUGAGAGCGGUGUAGGUAUUUAGGAAUCUUUGAGUAACCUUGCAGCCUAUUCUACAAAAGGUAAGUGUCAUAUCACUUGCUCUCUUCACUUUGGCCCUGACCCCCUUUGAUUCUGGCUAUACUCAACAUGGACAUGUAUUUCCUGGAAGGCUGCUGUGGCGUUCAAACAGAGCCCCCAGUUGUUUCACAGACGAUUGACCUGUACACCACUACUUUAUUUUUCCGCUGCCACCAAUUUUAUGGAAAAAAACCAGGGUUCCCCAGUGAAGUAUUGAGUCUCAGUCAGGUAGAGUUAACAAUGAAGAUUAAAGUUUAUUUCAAACACAAACAAGUUUUAAAAUAUAUUCGAAACGCUGUCACUCUAUUCCCUCUCAGUCUUGCCCCUGUCUCUAACUCACUCUGACUCCUCUAUCUCUCCCCCCCCCCGCAAAAGAACCAACCAAACUAACUGUCAAAACCUCUGGGCUGAGCCUCAAAAUCAGGUAGGCUCUGCCUCCAGGCUUUCUUAUUGGUCAACCUAUUAACCCUUUUCCUCUCCCCCAAUACAAACGUAUCCCCAAAGAAUGAGCAAACGCCACAGUUGCCUUAGAAACAAUGCAUUCCUCAGGCUGAAAACACUUCCACGCCCCUGGUUUAAACCCUUGGUCUUCUCAAAGCUGAGGACAGCAUGAAGCCUGAGACAAAAAGUAAGCUGAUGAAAACUGUGGAUAAUUUAUUGAUUUAAAAUAUUUAUGUCCUGUGUUUCCUUAUAAAAGCUCAAAGCGCCUACCAGAUGAGAACUACAAAAUCCAAAGAUCCAGAAGACAGACUCAUAUGGGAGUUGGUGGUCCUUCAGGUCCUCUUGUCCUGAGUCGUAUAAUGGCAACAGAGGGGGUAAAGACUGCAUCAAGAUGGAAAACAACGUUGUUGCCAAUAUGCCACCGGCAGUGGUGAAGCUACCUGCUCCGGCACUGGGAGUGGCAUACAUCUGGAGGUGUUGCUGGCGCGUGCCCCAGGGGGUGUGGUGCACAUCACAUUCCAGGGGGCGUGGUGUGCUUCAUGAUGUGUGUGGCAAGUGGCACACAUCCCAGGGCAUGUGCUGCAAGGAUCCAGGGGUGCUGGGGGCAGGGGUGGCCACGAUGUCACCCCCGGAUGUCACCCGGGGCAGACCACCACCACCCUGUGUCCCCCCCUGCAUCUGCCAGUGGCCACCGGACCAGAAUUAGGCUGAGAAAUUUCCUGGCAUCCAGUGAAACUAAUGGAGUACAGGACAGAACUUAAACUGGUAAGAACUCUCAAAGUAUGGUUCAUACCAGAAAGAUAAGUAAAUCUUUCGCUCAUUUUGCUGCAUUUGGGGCAAUAGUUUUUAAGUUCUUCAUUAUUUUCUUGUGGUUAUGAAAUACCGUUUACUAAAUAUUUGUGAUAUAUGUGUUGUGGUUAUAGAUUUGGGCUUCUAAAUGGUGUUUCUGUGUGCUCUGGCACUUGUCCCCAUGUUCUGUGCAUCAGAAGUGGUUUAGUCAUGCUGGCCACAUGACCCGGAAAGCUGUCUGUGGACAAACGCCAGCUCCCUCAGCCUGAAUCAAGAUGAGCACCCAUAGUCGAAUUCAACUGGACUCAACCGUCAUGGGGUCCUUUACCUUUUUACCCUGUGGUUAUAGAUUUGGGCUUCUAAUUUAGAAAAUGUAAAGAUGGAGGCUUGCAAAAGGUGAAAUAGGCAGAUAUUGUUUUGUUGACCAUUAGAACAUGGGGCCAUCCAGCAAACUUGAUUGGCAGCAGCAGGUUUGUUAGAAAUAAAAGGAAGUACUUUGUCAAGGUAAUACAUAAUUAACUUGGGGGAUUCAUUGCCAAAGGAUGUGGGGAUGACCACUAGCAUAAAUUUAAGAGGACAUGGCAGGCUGUAAACUCACCACACACCUUUGACACGUCAGUAGGAGCAAAUAGAAUGCCACCGCUCUAUAAAAUAUUGCUCCACAGUGACUUUGCCACAUCAGCCACCACCUUUCCACACAUCAGAAUCCACCCCACCGCCGAGAAAGUAGAAAACAGGUUUUCACAUGUCCACUAUGGAUCAAAACCUCUUCAGUGUAUUUACGGUCUGAUAAAAUACUAAUGAGCAACUAUUUGUCAGCCGAUAUGGUUGCUUUAUUUUUACUUCAGUGUGGCUAGAAAGCCUAAUACUUGUCUUUUAUCAGACACAUCUGUAUUUAAAUAGUUAAAAGGCAGCAGUCAGCAAGAAAACCAUUGUUUUGCCUUAAAUGCAAGACAGAGGUCUGGAUAGCUCAGUGAUUUAGGUAAAAGAUCUUUCAGAUAUAUGAAUGCAUCUCUACAAGCCAAAACGUGAAUGUCCCUCCUUUUUUUAUUACUGCAUAAACUCUGCUAUUAUGAAGCUUUAUGAUGCCACAAAUAUUUUUCAUUCUGGUUAUUUUUAAAGGAUUCACAAGAGUUGGACCUUUGAAAGUGAGAUUAAAUAAUUUAAGGACCACAAAUAAAGGGAGAAAAGAUUGUAGUUCAUGGGGGGGGCGGGGAGAGUUGUUAUAUGCUUCCCGUAUUUUCUGGAAAAGACUGGCAUUAGUGCUCAGAGGCAGACAGCUUUGUAGAGGAAGUCACUACAAGUGGGCAAUUUCAUGAGCAAUAUAUAUUGAUCUGGGUUUCAUACUGUACUUUGAAAAGUUUGCUCAAAGAUGAGGAAGACAAAAGAAGCGAUCCAGAGGCAGCCUUAUUGAAUUUGCUGGCUUCCGAUCAAGCCUCUGAAGGAGGAAGUUCAUUUUCUAAUGUGCAAGAUUGCAUUCCUGUAACUUCUCAACACACAAGGCGGGCCAAAGUUCCAUUGCACAGGACACAUUAAAAUGAACCAGAGAUGCAUGCUAUGCAGCAAAACUAAUUCAUUUCUUUAAGAAUUGUAUUUCUUUCCCUCAGGGAGGCCAAGUUAUGUCAUGGUUUUCUCAUCUCCCACAACAAUCCUCUGAGGUAAGUUAGGCUCAGAAACAGUGACAAUCACCUGGUGAGCUUCGUGGCUUAGUGGGGAUUUGAAUCUGGAUCUCCCCAACCCUAGCCCUAACCCCAGUAGGAGUCUCUGGCCUUGAAAAUCCUCUGUAUGCAUGGGGGGGGGAUUUCCUGACAUGUUCUAACAAUUAAUUUAAGAAAUAAGUGUAUUGGGAGUGCAGCUUGCCACCACAUUACAUGUGUACAUUCUCCCAAAAUUGACACCUGCAAAGUGUAAACGUAUCCUCAGAUUAAAUACACAGGAGUAAUUCAAGGGGUGCCCUUCCUUGUCCCCUCUGGCAUAGUAUCUGUGACUUUUAAGCAUCAUCUGGCAGGCUGACGUUCUACUGGUAUAGCUUUUCUGGCCACAAAGAGAGAUAUAUGGGAAAUCACGUCACCAUGUGGAUUUCUGCUUCUCAUAUAUAGUGUUAAAAAUCCCCGUCUAGGAAUGCACCAAAAACACAAUUCUGUGCAAGAUUCGUAAAAGAAAAGUUUUCCCUGAAGAAGGCUUUCACACAUUCGAACACGACUGGAGAACUUCUGGCUCUCCAGAUGUUUCCGGAAUACAAUUCUCAUCUGUAUGGCCAGGAAUAAUGGCAACUGUAGUUCAGAAAUGUAUGGAAGGCCAAAGAUUCCCCACACUGGGCAUAUUUUUAUAAACAAAUUGCUGGCAUCAGUUCAGGUUCACUACCACCUCUCUUUACUCUUUCAGCUUCUGCUGAAUUUCGGUUGUGCUUUCCAUUUUCAUUUCAUCCAGCUGUUAAAAGUACAACAGCCUUGCUACGGCAAGGUGGCAACCCUACGAAAACCCUUUGGAUCGUGGGCAACAUUUUCCCAAUCAGAAGUGGAAGAGGAACAUUGA